AGAAGUCGAAAUGCCGACAAAUAAAGUUAAUGCACCAAAUGCAAAUAGCUAUAGCUUUUUAUUGUGGAAGAUGCGCUUAGGUAUGGAGAGUACCUGGGGAUUUGCGAUUUUAGAACCUUGGGAGACGGCUCUUAUUAUGUCAAUAGUCAUCGCUGUAGCCUCCAUCAUCCUCUUCUCCGUACUUUUCUACGCACCAGCACAACUUCUUCGUCUGAAGUCCAGGCUGGCGUAUUACCUUUUCGGCAGCGAAUCAUCCCAGAAGGAGACUAUUGCAGUUUUGAAUGAAUGGCACAAUGUUAUUAGAGGAGUCUCAAACUCAUAAAU